AUAUUAUUAUGCUGACACUAGUUGAACGGGAGGGUUCAGUGCUCAUAUUUUGAUACUUAUCACUAUUUUGCUAUAUUUCUGUGUAAGCUUGUCAAAAUGAAUGCGAUGCUGAAUAUUAAAGAAGGAGAGUUUACAAGUACAAUUUACACUUUGAUUCAUGAACAUAAAUUCAAUGAUGCGAUACGAAUUCUUCAGUAUCAACACGAAAGAAACCCGAAGAACCUUGCUGCCCUAUCACUUUUGGCAUAUUGCUACUAUUACACUCAAGACUUUAUGAAUGCAGCGGACUGUUACUCUCAACUUUCAUACAACUUCCCACAGUACUCUCAAUAUAAAUUGUACCAUGCUCAGUCACUGUACAACGCGUUUAGACCAGCAGAUGCGUUAGCUGUGGUUUCUAUGAUUCAAGAUGAAAAUUUAUUGAAUGAAAGUGUCAAGCUGGAGGCCGCAAUAAAAUAUCAGGAAGAUGAUCUUGUGAACUGCAGAAUUCUGGUUGAACAACUGCCGGAAAACGAUGCGGCAGUCAUAAUAAAUACUGCUUGUAUUGAUUAUAAGGAAGGAAAUUAUGAAGAAGCAUUGAAAAAGUUCAACGAGGCUACAGAGUUUUCGGGAUAUCAGUCUGGCCUUGCCUACUCCAUUGCACUUUGUCAUUACCGUCGUGGUGAUUAUGACAGUGCUCUCAAGUUAAUCUCUGAAAUUAUCAAUCGAGGUGUCAAGGAUCAUCCAGAAUUCAACAUUGGAAUGGUAACUGAGGGAAUCGAUGUAAAUUUUAUACAAAACACACAAAAACUCCACGAGUCGGCGUUGAUUGAGGCGUUCAACCUGAAAUUCGCAAUUUACUACAGAACCAAAGAUUUCAAAGCAGCCAAGGAGAGCCUAACUGAUAUGCCACCUAGAAAUGAGCACGAUGCCGAUCCAAUUACAUUGCACAAUUUGGCAAUUAGCAAUGCAAACAGUGAUUUUGGAGACAGCUCGGCUAAGCUUCAAUUUCUACUCGGUAUCAAUCCAUUUCCACAAGAAACGUUUGCAAAUCUUUUGUUUCUUUAUUGCAAGAAUGAUUAUUUCGGCUUAGCGGCAGACGUACUUGCUGAAAAUCCAAGUCACACUUUUUAUUGUCUUAAUGAGUAUCAAUUCAACCUUCUCGAAGCUCUGAUCUACAUGCCAACCAACCCAGAAGAAAGUUUGAAGAAGUUAGAGAAACUUGAAAAAGAAUGUCUCGAUCGACUCCGGAAAACUGCAAUUGAAAUUCAAAUAAAAAAGGAGCAGAAAACUACGGACAGCGAUGAUUCUUUAGAAAUGAGAAAUCUUAUUGAAUCCUACGAUGAUUCACUGGAAAUGUACCUUCCUGUACUGAUGACCUACGCCAAAUACUAUUGGGACAAAAGAGAUUAUCAAGCAGUUGAGAAGCUUUUCAGGAAUUCCGUGGACUACUGUAAAGAGCAUGACACUUGGAAAUUGAAUGUGGCUCACACAAUCUUCAUGCAGGAAAAGAAAUAUAAAGACGCUGCUGCAUUUUAUGAACCAAUUGUUCAUAAGAAAUAUGACGAUGGAAUUUUGGAAGUUCCUGCCAUGAUUCUUGCCAACUUAGUUGUUUGCUACAUUAUGACGAAUCAAACCGAUGAAGCUGAACUUAUUCUGAAAGCUGUAGAAAAUGAAGAGGAAGCUGCGUUAAUGAUGAAGCCUAAUGAGAAGUUCUUCCAUAAUUCCAUAAUUAGUUUGGUUAUUGGAAGUUUGUACUGUAGUAAGGGUAACUUUGAAUUCGGAAUUUCCCGCGUCGUCAAGGCACUAGAACCGCCUGAGAAGAAGCUGGGAGUCGAUACAUGGUACUACGCAAAAAGAUGUAUAGUGGCUGCUAUUGAGCUCAUGGCGAAGAAUUUGUUGGUGAUGAGAGAUUCAGUUGUCAUGGAAGUUAUUCAAUUUCUAACCAGCUGUGAAGUUCCUGGACGUAAUAUUUACACGGUUCCAGAUGACUUAUUUGAGCAAGCUGGAGAAUCAAAAGUUAAAUGUAAUGUUACAUAUGAAGCCAGGAUGAUCAAAGCGGCCUUGUUAAUGGUUUUCAAUGAUUGAUUUUUCAACACCCCUAAACACUCCAAUAUUGAACUUUCGUGAGAAAUGUAAUAUGUCUGCAAAGUAUUUCCUUUACAUCCGAAUGUAUAUAUCAUUCAUAUAAAUGUAUAUGUAUUAUGACGUAUUCAUAAAGUUUUUCCUUUUCUUGUGGA